UUUAUGUCAUCCGAUAUUUUUUGAGGUUACGUAAAGCGAAUAAUUUUAGGUUAUGAUAUGAAAUUUGUUUUGUGCUCACUUUAAAUAUCUCGAUGAAAAUUAUUAACGUUAUUAAAAGCGUAAUUGUAGGAGUGCCUAUAGGUGUAACCAUAUUAGACAACAUUGGAUAUGUGGCAAGAGUAGAUGGGAUUUCUAUGCAACCAGCCCUAAAUCCACACCACCAAACAACAGAUUAUGUUUUCUUAAACCGGUGGUCAGUGAAGUCGUAUAACAUCAAACGAGGCGAUAUCAUUUGUCUAAUUUCUCCUAAAGAUCCCACACAAAAAAUUAUCAAACGAGUGGUCGGAAUUCAAGGAGACAUUAUUGCUACUCUUAGUUACAAAUUUCAAGUAGUUAAAAUACCUGAAGGUCAUUGUUGGGUGGAAGGUGACCAUACUGGUCACUCUAUGGACUCUAAUAACUUUGGCCCUGUCUCUCUUGGUUUAAUAACUGCCAAAGCUUCCUGCAUAGUGUGGCCCCCUUCUCGGUGGCAGUUUAUUCAAUCUUUUUUGCCAGAUUCACGCGUCCCUCUUAAUCUUCCACAAAAAUCGUUAUUAUAG